AGACGAUGGGAACCAUUAAAAUAAAAAAUUUGAGAAAAGAAUAUAAAAUCGACCGUUUAUCUAUAAAAAGGAUAAGCCAUAAGAGGCAGAGACAGCGAUUUUUGUCUCAUCUCAAUCUUUUCUUCACUCAACCAUCAUAACUUCAUAUCUUCUAUCCACUCAUUUUCCUUAUUAUUAACACUCAAAACAAUCUUUGUAACUUCGAACUCCAAACCGACAAAAAACAUUCGUGGCCUCGUGGGUUCUUCUUUCUUAUCAAGAUUCAUUUUCCGUCCAUACAAAACAGUGAUCGUUCAUCAGAGUCUUGAAUUCAUCUCCCUUUAAAAAAAAAAAAAUGGUGUGCGUGGUCUCUCGUACGGGUCGUCAGUUCCAAAGAUACAACAAGGGACGCCGUCAAGUCGUAGGGUGUAUUCCGUAUAGAGUCAAAACUCCAAGCGAUGGCACGGUUAGUGAUAAAUUUGAAGUGUUGGUUAUCUCAUCACAAAAGGGUCACGCUCUAAUGUUUCCAAAGGGUGGUUGGGAGCUUGAUGAAUCUGUUGAAGAAGCUGCUUCAAGAGAGUCUUUGGAAGAAGCUGGAGUUAUUGGAGACGUUGAGGUAAAACUUGAAACUGAUUUUAUCAUACCGUUGUGGCCUAUUUUGCUUAGAUAUUUCAAAAAAGUAUGUGUGUUUAUAUUUGAGCAGAGACAACUUGGAAAAUGGGAUUUCUUAAGCAAAAGCAGAGGAACAUUUUAUGAAGGACUAAUGUUCCCAAUGCAUGUGAAAGAAGAGCUUGAGCUUUGGCCUGAACAACAUCUUCGUCAAAGAAUGUGGAUGAAAGUAGAUGAAGCAAGAGAAGCUUGUAGAGACUGGUGGAUGAAAGAAGCUUUAGAUGUUUUGGUCCACCGGCUUUCUUCAUCAUCACCAUCGAUGAAGGCUAUAGAAGAAGACAAGUCAGUUCCAUUGGUCUCUAUCUGCUGAAAAACAAUACCCUAAUCUGAUGUGCUCUUUGUAGAUAACAUAUGACGCCAGAGCAAGGAAAAGGAUUGUAACUUUUAGGUGUGUGAAGCAAGACUGCAUCUGGUCAUCACGUGAUCUCGUGGAGGAUUAGUUUGGACUUUGGUUUGUUACCAAAAAAAAAGUGUUUUGUGCUUGGUAUAGUGCUUGGGCAACUGCUUAUUGAUGGGAGGAAGAAGAUAAAGAAAAGCAGAGAGUGCAAACAAAUAAAUUGUAUAGUAGUUAUGUUUCCUCUCAUUGUAUCUCUCCCCAUCUUUCUAUCUGAUUUGUGUCAAUAUUUGACAAUUAAAUCUAUGAUCUAAAUGAAGUUAAUAUUCAGAAAAACAUUAUUCACAAUAAUUAAAUAGUUUGUUU